UAACAGGUCAGCAGGCCACCGCCCAAUACAUCUUUUUCAAAUUUCCCGGGCAACGCCAGAGCUCUCCGGCGAAAUACCCGAAAAUCUUUCCGACCAACCAAACGCCGCCGUUCUCAGUCCAUGAGGAAAUCCACAACGAUCAAUUCAACAAAAACCCUCUCAUUCUUCUUCACCCACCAAUCAAUCCACACAUCACCGCCCCUCUCCCAAUGGAAACCCCGACACGAGUACAAGCUGACCCGGCCCGACCUCGUCGACCGGAUCUGCCGCCUCCUGGUCCUCCGCCGCCACGACGCCAUACCCAACCUCUCCUUCGACUUCUCGGACGACGUUGUCGACGCCGUCCUCGUAAAACUCAGGUUGAACCCUAACGCCUGUUUAGAGCUCUUUAAAUUAGCUUCCAAACAGCAAAAGUACAGACCGGAUAUAAAAUCAUACUGCAAGAUAGUCCAUAUACUGUCGAGGGGCCGAAUGUUUGACGAAACUAGGGUUUACUUGAACGAGCUUGUUGGAUUUGUUAAGAACAAGAAACUUGGUUUGGUAGUUUGGGGUGAACUAAUUCGGGUUUAUAGAGAAUUCUCGUUCUCGCCGACUGUUUUCGAUAUGAUCAUGAAGGUUUACGCGAAGAAGGGUUUGACGGUGUGUGCCUUGCAUGUGUUUGAUGAGAUGAGUAAGAGUGGACGCGUGCCGAGCUUACAGUCUUGUAAUAGUUUGCUUAGUAGUUUGGUUAGGAAUGGUGAGUUGUACACUGUUUUCGUUGUUUAUGAUCAGAUGGUUAGGGUUGGGAUUGUUCCUGAUGCAUGUACAUUUACGAUAAUGGUGGAUGCGUGUUGUCGGUGUGGGAGAGUGGGUAAAGCUUUUGAACUUGUGAAAGAAAUGGAGGGUUUGGGGUUCGAACCGAAUGUAGUGACGUACCAUUGUUUGAUCAAUGGAUAUGUCGAAUUAGGGGAUGUACGAGGGGUUGAGGGAGUGUUGGAGUUGAUGGAACACAGAGGAGUUUCAAUGAAUGCUGUUACGUAUACGUUGGUGAUUAAGGGUUAUUGCAAAGUUUGCAAGAUGGAGGAGGCGGAGAAGGUGCUUCAGGAUAUGAAACAAGUCCCAUCGUUUACUAUGGAUGAGCGUGCUUAUGGUGUUUUAAUUGAUGCAUACUGUCGAAAUGGUAGAAUGAAUGAGGCCUUGAGGAUGAAGGAUGAGAUGCUGGGAUUGGGACUGGAGAUGAAUUUGUUCAUUUGCAAUUCCAUUAUCAACGGGUACUGCAAACUAGGUCAAGUUCACGAGGCAGAAGGACUGGUGAUGAGUAUGUCCAUUUGGAAGUUAAAGCCCGAUUCUUAUACUUACAAUACUCUUCUUGACGGUUAUUGUAGAGAAGGCCAGACAACCGAGGCUUUUAGUAUUUGUGACAAAAUGAUAGAAGAACGUAUUGAACCAUCUGUUGUAACAUAUAAUACCCUCCUAAAAGGUUUAUCUCGAAGAGGUGCAUUUGCUGAUGCUCUGCAGCUUUGGCAUUUGCUGCUGAAAAGAGGUGUGGCUCUAAAUGAGGUAAGCUAUGGUAUUAUAUUGGAUGUGUUUCUGAAGAUGGAGAACUCUGAAGGUGCUUUAAUGUUAUGGAAACAUGUUUUAGCUAGAGGCUUUGCGACUAGGAUAGUAUUCAAAACGAUCGUUAAUGGAUUAUGCAAAAUGGGGAAAAUUACUGAAGUAGAGGAGAUUUUGGAGAAGAUGAAGGAGCUGGAUUAUUGACUUGAUGGAAUAUCUUAUACGACAUUGAGUGAUGGAUAUUUGGAAGCUAAGCACAAGUUGGAUUAGAGCCUACUGAAAACUUGUCUUGACCUACCACUCUUCGAACACGGACAUCGUUCCACUUGUUGCAUUUUGGAUAUGCAUUCGAAGAGAGUUCGGUAAGUAAAUACUUUUUUGAUACUUUCAUGUGGAAGAGCUGGAUGAGAAGAAAGUCUCAUGUUUGUUUGUAAACAUAAAAUGGCCCCAUAGCUGUACCAUGGGUGCUUUAUUAUGUGAAUCACCUGGGAUGCUAAAUUAGUUUGGAGUGCAUCUUGAAAAGACGCUAUGACUGGAAAAGGAUUUUCUCUGACAAAUGUACAAGAAUUGUCAGUAGCUAGAUAAACUAGGUUGUAAAGUGGUACUACCACAUGGAGGAGGAAGUAUUAUCUGCUAGAAUUAUGUUGAAGAAAGCAAUGUUGAAGUUGGUCCCCUUUGCAGCAAGUGUUUUCUCUAGGCAAAGGCAGCAUCCAUUUAAGGAAGACUGUAACGAAUGGCUAUACAGCUGCUGGAUUAGUGGUCACUGGUCACAUACCUUGUUAAGAGCGUGCCGGUAGUAUGAUUUAAGGUGACGUUCAAAUAUUUGAAAAUCCUACAUCAUUCGUAAAUGCAAGUGAUAAGUGGAAGGCUAAAGCAUUACAGCUAGAACUUCCCUCUUCUCUGCUGAUCAAGUGAUUCAGAGCCUUACGAAUUUAGUAGGUCUGGUAGUUUUCUGCUUUUGCUUUGGUUAUGUUGCCUUGUGGUUUGGCAAAAAAUGCGAUACCAUCCGUGUUCAAAACCUUAUAUUGCAUUCCCUUGACAAUAUCUAUAAUUGAUAAACUUUUAACACCAAUAUGCAUCAUUGCAACAUAAAGACGGCCUGAAGAUUAUAUUUGAAGGAAAAGUUCCUCUCACUAAAGUAUGAAUUAUUAAUGGAACCUAUGUAUUUGGGAAAACUAGUAUUCUUACAGAAAUUUGAUUGUUAUGCAGUCUUUUUGCUGUACUUAUCAAGGUUUUUAUUGCAAGUGAAUGUAUAAUAAAUUAAUAAGCUAAUAACAUCAAAGCGCCUUUCAAUCCACCAUGGAAUUCCUAGAUGUAAACCUUACCGCAGCAUAACGAAGGCCCAAAACAUAGUUCCUCUAAAUUGUAAUUUGGCUAUCUACAGGGGCCGUUGUUGUGGAAAAAUGCUUGGGCUGUCAAAAGUGAGAAUGCAUGUUUGAAAAUGAGAGCAGGCAUUUGGUUCUUGCUAUGUGCAUCAUGGAGCUAGGGAAUGGCCUCUGGAAGUGAGGUGUGCAGAGACUGGCAAGCUUGGUGUUCUUUGAGAUGUUGAAAGCGCAGAGGCAAGUGCAGGCUCUUUCUACUUCGUUUCCAAGUUGCAUAACUGCAUGGUUCCGAGAUGGUGCCCCAACUCAUCUUAUUAGAACAUGGAUUGAGAAAGAGGUGUGCUGGAUACCUAAUGGUUCCGCUUCCCAUCCGCUUUUGGUGCUUAUUAUAUUGUUGUAUGUUAUCUGACUUCUAUUUGUAUGAUUACUUUCAAGGUUACGACAGUCAGGAUUUGGAUUAGGUGUUUCUCAAUCAUAUGGUUGUAUUUCUGGUCAUUCUAGAUGUUGUUCUUUGUAUCAAUGGUCUUCCUUUUCUAUAUAACAUAUCAUGCUUGAUAUCCUGCCAGAAAAAUAAUGGUUGAAGUUCCAUUUUAAAA